AUGAAUUCCGUCUGGAAACGAAUUCCGUCUGAAAACCCGGCGGCACUUUCUCCCUGUUGUUAUCACCCAACCCUCAGACUACCUAGCUUCGGAGACUUUCCAAUAGCUAUUACACAGCAGGUGCUCUGCUGGACCGUUUCGGCGUUAAUUGCUAGAGGCCGUCGACUUCAUCCCGAUGCUUAAGACCACUAACUCCGAACCAACAGUCAAACUCCCGGCAUAUAUAUUCAGUGCCAUAGUGGCAUUUGCACGGGUUCGAUAAGACGUAGUUCAUACUUCGUAGUCAAACACAUCCUCCAGCGUCAGAUCCCAAAAGCUUCACUUCCAUCACCACCAUGGGCCACACAAUCCACGGCAAGCAAGUCGGCAACAUUGGCUUUGGCAUGAUGAGCCUGACAUUGCCUCCCGGCCGACUCACCGAAGAAGAGGCAUUCGCCGCCAUCAAGGCCGCCCUUGCCACCGGCUGCAACUACCUGAACGCCGGUGAAUUUUAUGGCCCGCCCGACGCCAACUCGCUCACCCUCCUCAACAAAUACUACGCGAAGUAUCCCGAGGACAGGGACAAGAUCCUGCUCAACGUCAAAGGCUGCACUUUCGAGAACCUCCGCCCGGACAACUCGCCGGCCGCCGUCAAGACCAGCGUCGAGAACUGCGUCCGGCAGCUCGGCGGUAAGGGCCGCAUCCACCAGUUCGAGCCAGCCCGCAAGGACCGCAACGUGGACAUCGAGACGACCAUGGAGGCUCUCAAGGAGCACGUCGAAGCCGGCAACAUCGGGGGCAUCUCUCUUAGCGAGGUCAGCGCGGCAACCAUCCGCCGCGCCGCCAAGAUCACCAAGAUCGAGUCGGUCGAGGUCGAGCUCUCGCUGUGGGCCACCGAGCCGCUCGAGAACGGUGUUGUCGAGGCAUGCGCCGAACUCGACAUUCCCAUCCUCGCCUAUUCGCCCCUCGGACGCGGAAUGCUCACGGGCCAGAUCAAGUCGCCGGCCGACAUCCCCGCCAACGACUACCGGCACACGGUGCCGCGCUUCCACCCGGACGUGUUCGACACCAACCUGCGCAUGGUGGCCGAGGUGGAGAAGCUGGCGGCCAAGAAGGGCUGCACGCCGGGCCAGGUCGCCAUCGGCUGGGUUUUGGCGCUCGGGAGGCGGCCCGGCAUGCCAACCAUCAUUCCCAUCCCGGGCGCGUCGCGGCCGGAGCGGGUUAGGGAGAAUGCCGUUGAGGUUGAGUUGAGUGAGGAGGAUAUGGUUCAGUUGGAGAAGAUUGCGAAGGAGUUCGCGCCUGUGGGGACGCGCUAUUCCGCGCACGGGAUGCAGUCGCUGGAUACGAGCACUGAGUAGACUGUAGUUUACAUGUUGGGUUGAAAGAUAUGAGAAUGAUGAAUGUUUUGGUUUAAGUGAAAAAUAAUCCGUUCUGAGAUCAGAG